CCUCGCUUCAAUUAGAAGCUUGAUUCCGGGCAAAAUGGAAAACUUCACCGAGGUGAUUCUGAAGGAGUGGGGUAUGGAGGAAUUAAUAUCAGUCUUCAACGAACAUGGCAUUGACGAGGAAUGUUUUCAUCUCUUGGACGAGGAUACUUUGAAGGAGUUAAUUCCAAGGAUUGGAACACAACUUCGAUUCAAACAGAAGCUGUCAUUGAACAGGAAUGCUGUAUCGGAUGCAUCUCCACCAACCGAUAUGACUGGCACCAGCGAUGACACAGAAAAUGAUAACAUACACGUCCCAAUAGAAUCUAGCUCAACUUUUCAUUCAGAAUCAGAUUGUAGUCCAGUCCAGCAUUCUACGCUUUUAAAUCUCUCACCAAGUUCAGUUCCCAGUGGCAGUAAAAUAUGUGCACAUCCAGUAUCAACUAAGUUUCAUGAUUUUAAGACUUUCCUAUGCAGCCAGAAUGGUGGUAGAUCUUUGUUAGCGGAUGUACAGAAGCUUGGGUUCGCCCCAACAGUGUUGAGGAAAAGACUUGUGAAAAUAGCAACUGGUUUUUUAUUUGAAAAAUGCGGAAAAUUUCCCAAAACAGAGGACACGGAGGAACUUGCCAUUGUGAUUAUCACAGUCAUACCGUGUCUGAGGAAUCCGAAGGGACAGGGCUUUGAAGAAUUUUACCAAAGGGCUCGAGGUGGUCGACCUGCAAAGGGCUUUAUCAAUGACCGUAUAUACAAUGUUCACAAAGAGGAGGCAAAACUGAAGAUGGUUAAGAAAAGGGUCCAAUUACCUGAAACAGUCCCUGCUGAAGAGGUGUUGUCUGUUGCAGAAUGGCAGAUUCUACCCGAAAAAGAGUAUAAGGAAAUGACAGCAUGGCUGAAACACAACAUUGAACCGGCAUCCAAAGUUUCGGACCUGAUGGCUAAAACCGCAACAAAUCGUCACCGUGAGAUCUGUGAGAACAAAGAGUUGAAAGCGAAGGAUAUUUUGGCAUCAUUUCCAAGGCUUUUGGAGAGAGGAAUGGAUGUUGCCCAGUGGCUUUCUGAACACUUCCUGUCUGGUGUGAAUGAGGAGAAGGAAUGAGGUGUGAAUUUGCUUAGGUUCCUAUAUUAAACGUGAAGUGCAGAAACCCGUUGGUUGUGUCAUCACUGGUCGCAGCGUCAAUCUGGGCGCAACAUCGAAUCUGUUGCAACUUUCAAACGCUUUCUCCGGGCAAAAAGGUUAAAGAUUAACUGUUAGUUUGUGUCCUAUCAAUGACCACGUUAAAUCUUUCGGUAAACUCUGGGUUAACACUAUUAACAAGAAUAAGCCCGCUGUUAACCAUGAGAUUAGAUCACUUUGCAAAGUUCUGGGACAACCAAAGGUUAAUUCAAAAUUAACAGUUUUUUUAUUCUAGUGUUCACUCCGAAUUAACUUGCAUGACAUUGCUUUAACACUAACACAUAGAGUUAGCACAUUUCCAUAGCAAAUACUCGUAAUAUCUAAUGUCUAAGGUUUCAAUGUGAUUAUGGCAUGUAUGGCUUGCAGUCUAUUAGAUCCUAAGCCAUAUUGUGCUGUUACUCGUCGUGGCUGUGUGCGUCUGUACGUAUACGGCGGCGGUUACAAACUGUAACUCGACCUUGUGUCAGCUACAAUCCUGGGAAGUCGAUUAACCCCGAUUGAACUUUACUUUAGGAACAACACGAAAGCAUCAGCAAUUGAGGCGGUGAGAACCAUGAGUCGCCGAAUCGAAAAUUUGGUCAAAAGUGAGUUAAGUGCAUGUAGCAACCUCUUACGCUGAAUUCUAAUUUUGACAUAUUGAGGUAGUUUAGAUGGAACCACUCCAAUUUUUUUCCAUUAAAAUGUAACAAAUUAACCUUUAGCUGCUUCGUUCAUCUUGGAACCGGUUUGAGUCCGCAUUGUACAUACAACCGCUGUGCCGUCAGUACUCGUUCUCCGGGUGAGCAGUUUAUGUGUACCUAGAAGAUUUUUACCGGAGCAGAUUUUCGUGUUUGAAGACAAUUUUACACAAAACUGUGUGGUGUUAGAUCAUCAAACUUUGGAGGGACCUUUGUCUCCUUAGGACCAAUUUAUCUAGAGCUUCCUGGUAAGUUUAUAAGUAACUGUGUAUUUGUAAUAAGUGUUUUUACGGGUGCAAUUUCGGACUUUUGUAAACUUGUCCGCCAUGUUUGAUGACGUCAUUCUCAUCAAUUUGUUUGGAAGCUGGACCCUUGUUUUCCGCGUGUUGUAAGUUUUAAAGUGGUUCAAAAGCAGGAUAUUUUGAGCAUAAAAGUGUUUUGAAAUGUUUCAUGUGGUAAAACUAUGUUUAUAGCAUCUGGGGAUGUCGAUUUCAAAGCUCUGGAUUUUGAAGUGUGGUUACAAAUUGUGCCUAAAGUUGGUGCAUCUUUCAAAACAUUGAGCAUCUUUCAAGAAUCGUAAUUUAUCUGGGGACGGGAUAGCCCGUGGGAGGACCCCGUAGGGGGGUAUAAAAGCUCAUGUAAGCCCCAAAACAAUGAGAUUGCCUGCACACCAGGCCCAAUUAGCCAACUAGCGGUUCUCCUAGUAGAACUCUUACUAGUACACUGAGAAUUAUCAUUUAAGUCAGGUUAGUACUGUCUUACAUUCUGUCAGAUUCCUCACGCACAUGUUUAUGCAUUGUGUAGCUUGCUAAUAGCAGCACUGGUUAUCCAUGAGGAUGAAUGUACUUUGAUUAAUCUAUAGGCAAAGCAAAGGCAGUAGCUUUGAUCUUUUUGGUGUACCAACUCCAAAUUGACUUGAGUCAGCUCCUGAACCCAGAGGGUUAUAUUUGAGCAAUCCUAUCUAAUCUAUUGGUAUUUCUGGGGAGAUAAACAAUGAGCACAUAUAUCCAGAUGAUAUCAUCAUCAUUGGCACUUUUAUAGAACUAGAAGAUCUAGUUGAGUUUUUGGACGAGUUAAUUGAACUCAUGGUCCGUCUUAUAGACGGCGAAGAUAUCAACAUGAGUCGAUAUCCUUCUAUCAACCAUUUACUGUAAAUAUGAGAUUGUUUGGAGAGUGUUUUAAUCAGACCAAGAGCUGACUGCUGAGUUGUUUUGGGAGUGUUUUAAUCAGACCAAGAGCUGAUUGCUGUGUUUAAAGAGUUCCAUGUUGUGUCACUGUAAUUGUGUAGUUGUAAA